UUCCCCUCUGUCGUCAUCAGCUCUCAAUGAUGGGGCUGUCCCAUCUGAUCCCAGUACAGUUCAGUCCAUCAGACGUCUGGAAAAACUCUCUGUCCGUCAGUGUGGAGUUGGGCUAUUGACAAUGCGUUCUCAAACACAUGAUUCCUCGUGAACGCUUUCAGUGUCGUUUAAAGGAAAACGCGUUGCAGUUAUGGAUUAUAUUUAUAUAGUCGUGUACUGUACAGUAAGUCUCUUAUUUCUGGACUAUAGACAUGCAGCAAGAUCUCAUGGAAAUGUCUCCGAUAAGUUGAGUGAAUUCGGUCUGAUUGUCCCGUUCAGCAGCGACGCGCGCGGCCGGUUCGUCUCUCACGUGCUGUCCACCCGGGCGUCACCGAGCGGCCGGAAACGGGUCCCGCGCGACGCCCCCGCGCCCGGUAACGGACAGCAGCUGUUCUUCAACGUCACCGUGUUUGGACGCGAGCUGCACUUGCGCCUGAAGGCCAACAGGAGGCUCGUGGCCCCCGGCGCUUUUGUUCAGCGGCAGGAGGACUUUCAGCGCGUGGACACGCAGCGCAUCCACGGAGACUGCCUGUUCACCGGAGAUGUGACGGACAUGCCGAAGGCCUCCGUGGCCAUCAGUAACUGCGACGGACUGGCCGGUCUGAUCCGCACUGAUGAUGAAGAGUUCUUCAUCGAGCCUCUGGAGAAAGGCCAGCAGGAGGUGGAGGUCAAAGGUCGCGUUCAUGUGGUCUACAGAAGGUCAGCCAUCAAAAGAGACGGAGGUCAGAGGAGAGAUGACCUUCAGAAUGAAGUGGCAGAUGUGGGAGUCGCUGAGCUGCCGGACGCCGUGAACACGCUGGAGGAGAAGCUAUCAGAGACGCAGCGCACACGCAGACAUGCAGAGAAAGAAAACUAUAACAUUGAGGUGCUGCUUGCGGUGGACGACUCCGUCGUGCGUUUCCAUGGCAAAGAACACGUGCAGAAUUACGUCCUAACACUCAUGAACAUAGUAGAUGAAAUCUAUCAUGAUGAAUCUCUGGGAACAAACAUCAACAUUGUUCUGGUCCGGAUGAUACUGGUGGGUUAUCGUCAGUCUGUGAGUCUGAUUGAACGCGGGAAUCCGUCUCGGAGUCUGGAGCAGGUGUGUCGCUGGGCAAACAGUCAGCAGAAACUGGACCCCGAUCACGCCGAACAUCACGAUCACGCCAUCUUCCUCACCAGGCAAGAUUUUGGUCCCGCAGGUAUGCAAGGUUACGCGCCGGUAACGGGCAUGUGUCACCCGCUGAGGAGCUGCACGCUCAACCAUGAAGACGGCUUUUCAUCUGCGUUUGUGGUGGCGCACGAGACCGGACACGUGUUGGGUAUGGAACAUGACGGUCAGGGGAACCGGUGUUCUGAUGAGACCAGUAUGGGCAGUAUUAUGGCUCCACUGGUUCAGGCAGCUUUCCACAGAUAUCACUGGUCACGCUGCAGUAAACAAGAGCUCAACAGAUACAUCCACUCGUACGACUGUCUGCUGGACGAUCCGUUCGAGUUGAAAUGGCCCAAACUCACAGAGCUUCCAGGGAUAAAUUACUCCAUGGAUGAGCAGUGUCGCUUCGACUUCGGCGUGGGAUAUAAGAUGUGCACAGCUUUCCGCACGUUCGACCCGUGUAAACAGCUGUGGUGCAGUCAUCCUGAUAAUCAAUACUUCUGUAAGACAAAGAAAGGUCCUCCGGUGGACGGGACAGAAUGUGCUCCGGGCAAAUGGUGUUUUAAGGGUCACUGCAUCUGGAGGUCGUCUCAUCAGCCGUACGGUCAUGACGGAGGUUGGAGUUCAUGGGGAAAGUUGGGCUCGUGUUCUCGCACCUGCGGUGGAGGCGUCCGCUCACGCAGUCGGCAGUGUAAUAACCCCGCUCCGGCGUACGGAGGUCGUGAUUGUCCCGGCUCAACGUUUGAUUAUCAGAUGUGUAACGCUGAAGACUGCCCCGGUCCGUAUGAAGACUUCAGAGCUCAGCAGUGCAUCCAGAGGAGCAACAAAUACUACAAUAACAUCAAACACACCUGGCUUCCAUAUGAACAUCCUGACGAGGCUCAUAAGUGUGAGAUGAGUUGCCGCUCUAAAGAGACAGAUGAGGUUGUGUUCAUGAAUCAGGUGAUGCACGACGGGACACGCUGCAGUUAUUCUGACCUCUUCAGUGUGUGUGCACGAGGAGAAUGUCUGAACGUAGGUUGUGAUAAGGAGGUUGGCUCUUAUAAACAAGAAGAUAAAUGCGGUGUUUGUGAAGGGGAUAAUUCACACUGUCGCACCGUCAAACUCAUGCUCACCAAAACACCCAAGAAGACAGGAUUGUUGAAAAUGUUUGACAUUCCUGUGGGAGCGCGGCACAUCGUGAUCGAAGAGAAUGACACGUCCCCGCACAUGAUCGCCGUUAAGAAUCAGGUGACUGGCAGUUUCAUCCUGAACGCUAAAGGUGAAGAAACACAAUCUAAGAGUUUCAUCGAGAACGGUCUGGAGUGGGACUAUUCCCUGGCAAACCACAGAGAAUCGCUGAAAACCAGCGGACCGCUUCAUGAAGGCAUCGUGGUUCUGGUGGUCCCGCAGGCGGAGGACACAAAGAUCAGUUUGAGCUACAAAUACAUCAUUCAUGAAGAUCUCCUGCCCGUCAUCAACAACAACAACGUGCUGCUCUCUGAACUCGACACGUAUGAGUGGGCACUGAAGAGCUGGUCACAGUGUUCCAAACCCUGCGGAGGAGGAGUUCAGUACACUAAAUACGGCUGUCGGAGGAAAAGUGACGGACGUUUGGUUCCCAGGAACUUCUGUGAGGUCAACAAGAAGCCAAAACCCAUCCGUAAACGCUGUAACACAAACAACUGCAGCCAACCCACGUGGGCUGUGGAGGAGUGGGGUCCGUGCAGUAAGUCCUGUGGGAAGUUGGGACAUCAGACUCGUGUGGUUCAGUGUAUGCAGCCGCUUCAGAACGGCACCAACAGAGCCGUGCACACGAAAUACUGCACGAGUGAACGUCCUGAGAACCGCCGGACCUGUAACAUCACCACCUGCCCGUCUCAAUGGAGGACUGGAGCCUGGUCACAGUGUUCGGUGAGUUGUGGAGAUGGGAUUCGACAGCGUCAGGUGAUCUGUAGAGCGGCAGACAGCAGUCCGGCUCGCUGUGACGGAGAGAAACCAGAAUCUGUGUCCGUCUGUAAACUCUCACCCUGCACAGGGGAGUUUCCUGUUCCGACUGCUGAGACAGAUUUACUGGACAAUUUCACCGCAGAUGGAGAGAAACUUCCAGAAAACACUGUGGAUAAAAUCUCCAAUGAGCCGUGUCUGGGUGAUAAAUCCAUCUUCUGUCAGAUGGAGGUUUUGGCGCGGUACUGCUCUAUCCCGGGCUAUCACAAGCUGUGCUGCGAGUCCUGUAACAGGAAGUCAGGUGUCAGCACCGUUUCUCCAGACCUUCACCCUCCGUUCUCCUGGCUCCCAGAUUUCACUUUCCCUUCUGUACCUCAGACGAGUCCCGCUCCCACACGACAGACGUCCGCCUCACCGGCCACAGCCGCUCCACUCCUCCACACCACUAAAGCAAGCGUCAGACGCACCCGGCCGGACCUCACUUCUGCCAUCACGAGCCCUAAACCAGACGAGGCGUCUUCUCUCCGCGCACCCACCAAUGCCUCAUUUACACUCCAGAACUCAACCUCAUCUCUACCUCCAGAGCUCGGUGGGAACAGCACAUCACAUCCCGCCCAGAACAGCACGGUGGACUCCGUCCCUACCAGCAGGAGAAACAGGGAGGAUUCGGCGGCGGACGAGACGGACACGAUGGACAUGAACUCACCGGUCACAUGAUCACCAGACGGAGCAACAAAUAUUCUCUUUAUCAGUAAAAUCAUCCAAAAAACAACAUACAUUUGCUCAAAGCAUGGCUGAAGAUGAUCUCUAAAUCCCUCUGCAUUUAGAGCUGAAAAAAGAGCAUGUGAAGUAAAACGGGAACAAAUGUCCUCCUGGAGUAAAUGCAUGUUGUUUUAAGGAUGUUUCGAUAUUUCUACUGGAACACAAAGUAUGUUUUACAUCCGUGACAUCUCUCGUGUGGAUGCAGAGCCGUGAUUGGUUACCUCAGAAGUCUUUGAUGUCAUCUAGCCCUUCCACUGCACUUCCCACGAUUCUCUGCUUUAUAUGGAAUUAAAUGAAACGGAAAACAAUUGCAGGUGCUGUUAUUUCAAAGGUGUCGGGGUUGACUGCGUCAGUAUCGGUGUUGAUUUUCAAUCUGCUGUUUGGACUCGACGACAGAUGUCACCCUCGUCACCUCUGUUUGUUCAUUGUUUACGAUGCUAUGUAAUGUUUGUUCUGUGGUGAUGACAGAAUUACCCAUAAUUCAUGGCAACGAUGGCGCUGUCAUUACGUGUUGCUACACAAAACUACUUGAGCAUUAGAAAGCAAGCAGUGGAUUUGAGUUUGUCGCCUUCAUGUUGAUGGACAUGUUGUUGGUUUGCAUCAAAUGAAUCUAAUGUGACGCAUCUGUUCACCUGUGAAAUGAUAAGCACCUCUAAUGCAUGUCCUGCAGUGUUGUUGUUGUUGUUUUUUGUGUGUGUACGCUUUAAAAGUCAAAGAAAAAAGUUUUGAUAUUUUAAUGUUUGAGUUUUUCAGGUGAUGUAUAUAGUGUAAAUAAAUGUGAGGAGCGUCUGGUGGUCUGGAUGAGGGUCCGCUCUCUCUCUCUCUCUCUUUGUGGUUUCAUCUGAUUUCUGUAUUGUAUAGUACUUGUAUAUACGUGAAUGAGAGCUUUAAGUUUUAAUAUUUAUUACAUUAAGUUGUAGGAAGUUGAAAUACAGGAAAAUAUACACAUAAAAAAAAGAAUUUGUUUUCUCUUUUUUUAACCUGUUUCUCAGACAGAUUUCACCUCGUAAUCUUCAUUUCUUGACCGUUUUUGAAGUUUUUUUUGUCACUCUUGACAUUCAUUGAAGACAAUAUCUAUAUAAAUAGGAAUGCAUAUUUUUUCAAACACAAUGACGGUGAAUUUUAAAUCAUUUCAUUACUUUGCUUUAAAGUGAUUAAAAAUAGAGUUU